GAGUUCUCCCACCAGCAGAUGGCCCCUGGCAUGUCCGUGGAAGAAGCGAAGGCAGCUGAAGAGGAUGAGUGGCAAGACAUGCCGGCCUUGGCGACACAUCGCAUCUACGACGACUGGGGCAAAGUGCUGGCGAAAGAGUUUGAUGAAGUCGAGGACGAGCAGGUCGCGUACGGUACGCUGGGAGGUGCUGGCAAAGGCUACACGCGCGUUCAGAUGGACGAAGAUGCUCAGAGUGCCACCAGCAUGGACGACAACACGGCGUAUCUGUUCAAAGACGCCUACACCCGUAAUAACACUCUAGACGAAGACGAUGAAGAAGGCAGAGAUAUCAUCUCUCAGAUGCAAGCUACGAAGGAAUUGUUGGACGAUGGGCAGAAGAUAGCCUACGUCGGCGUUGUGAGGCUCUCCAUUGCCGCCAUGCAGCAAGACUUCGACCGGCUUGAGCGAACCAAGAACGCCAAGAAAGCUGUAGAUUAUGCCGGCGGGGCCCUCAAGAUGUGGUCACAGAAGACCAUGAUCCGCUUAUAUACUCACAUGGAGAUUGACGCGAGAGAACAAAUCAUGGUCGAACAGCUCGCUGAACAUGGAGUCUUGCCUGCCGACCUGACGCCCAGGCUCAUGGCGAAUGCACGCGUGAAAAAUCCGAAGGCAGAAACGGAACAAGAGUCUGAGCCCUCUUCUUCACGGCCCUCAAUGGCAUCGCCGAGACCGUCAAGAACGCCUGCUUCGCGAGAUACAGAGACACCACCGCCAGCCUAUGAAGAGCACACGGCUGGCGAGCUCACCAUUGAAAAUCCGGACGACUACGAAGAUGCGAAGAACCUCGACAUAGACAUCCGAUGGACAGUACUUUGUGACUUGUUCCUCCUGCUCAUAGCAGAUAGCACUUACGAUGCCCGAUCGAGAACGCUUCUGGAGAAAGUCGGCGCCGCGCUUUCUGUUGGAUGGCAGGAGGUCUGCCGUUUCGAGAAGCGCGUGACCGAUGCACUCGAGAUGCAAGAGCAAGCUGAGAAGGAAAACUGGAAUGAGGAGGAGCAUCUCGAAGCACGCAAGAAGGCAGCCAAGAGGAAGCGCCUCAUGGUCAUGGGUCUUUGUACCGUUGGUGGUGGUUUAGUCAUCGGCCUCAGUUCUGGACUUCUCGCGCCUGUCAUCGGUGCCGGAUUGGCAGCUGGCUUCACUGCAGUUGGAGUCACCGGGACCGGAACCUUUCUUGGUGGCGCUGGCGCUGCGGCGCUCAUUGGAACCGGUGGCACAUUGAUUGGAGGCCGCAUUGGCCAGACGACAAGUAGCAGAAGAACCGCCGCUGUAUCGACCUUCGAGUACAAGCCGCUCUUCAAUAAUAAACGAGUUAAUCUCAUCGUCACGGUGGCCGGGUGGAUGACAGGUGCCGUCGAUGAUGUCCGGCUGCCCUUUAGCACGGUCGACCCCAUCAUGGGCGACAUCUACUCUGUGAAUUGGGAGCCAGAGAUGCUGCAGAGUACAGGUCAGACAAUACAAAUCCUGGGCACCGAAGCUCUCACGCAAACCAUACAACAGAUCUUGGGUGCUACAGUCCUCGCGACGCUCAUGGCUGGCCUUCAGGCCCCCAUCAUCUUAGCAAAGAUAUCAUAUCUCAUUGACAAUCCUUGGACAACAGCUUGCUCUCGCGGGGAUGCCGCCGGCCUGAUCUUGGCAGAUUCAAUCAUCGACAGAAAUCUUGGUCUGAGACCAAUCACACUCGUUGGCUUCUCACUCGGGUCUCGAGUCAUUUUCGCUUGCCUGAGAGAGCUUUCCCGACGUGGUGCGACGGGCCUUGUGCAGAAUGUCUACAUGUUUGGCUCGCCGGUGGUUGUAAAGAAAGACGAAUGGAUCAAAGCGAGAUCAGUCGUGUCGGGACGCUUCGUCAAUGGAUAUGCCACGAAUGACUGGAUCCUAGGGUACCUGUUUCGCGCAACGCAAGGUGGUAUCUUGCGGGUUUCUGGACUUGCGAGCGUCGACAUCGAGGGUAUUGAAAACGUCAAUGUCACUGACGAGGUGCCUGGUCAUAUGGCCUAUCGUGGUAUGAUGCCCACUCUAUUGGAUAAAGUUGGUUGGCGGAUGGAAAGUCUGGAGUAUAGUGAGAUUGAGGAUCCGGAUCCAGAGAACCAUGAAAAGCGCCAGCGCGAGCUGAUCAAUGAGAUCGAGGAAGCCCGCCGACAACUCGAGGAAGAGCCUCAAAAGAAAGGGUUCAAGUCGUGGUUCACGAAGAGGAAGCAACCACAAAAGAAGUCGUGGGAGACCUAUGACGAAAGGAGUCAGAAAGUGCUCGAAGGCGAUGAUAAAGAGUCCGAGCAGCAUGCUGCCGAGACGGCCAAUGUCAUGUUUGACGUUGAGGCUAUCCGUGCCGAAGCCCUGAAAUUGGCAUUGCAGCAACCCGGUGACAUCGAAGAGAUCAAGAAACAUCUUUCCGUGAAAGAGAUCCAAUCCACGCUGCCCGUGCUCAAGGUGCAGCUGCCGAAGCCUGCCACAGCCGAUGGCAGCACGACCGACAGCGCUUCGCGACAUGAGUUCAAGCAGAGUCCGUCACACGAUGGCAUAGUGCGCAGGAACGGC